AUGGCUAACAGGGAGAAGCCUGCGCGGGACGAACUCAAGAACCUCCAAGAAGACCUCGGCCCUUACUACCAAAUCCCUCUCAAGCCCCGACGAAGUGGUACUCAUUCAAGAGAGAAUAGCUUUCAAGAGCGGCAAUCCUCCAAUACUCCCGAGCCGAAACGAUCGAGCUCCAAGCGACAGGAUCCUUCGAGCAGAGAUUCUACACCAAACCGACCGUCAAAGUCGAGGACCAAGAACCAUAGUCGGGAUAUUACCUCGGACGUGGGCACGCCCAGACGGUCGUCACCGGGCAGAAGUGAAACCAAUACCCCGCGCCCAGAGUCGGUGAAGCCACUGGAGCGCCAAAAUCGCGAAAUGUCACAACGAAACCGCAGCGGGCGGGCGUCCAACCGGAACAAUGGCAAUACCCACGGAGAGGAAGUGCAAAUCUGGGAGCUGUGUAAAAGUCAAGUGGGGGAGAUUGUCUCGGGGAUCAACGCGGAGAACGACAGUCUUACUGAGCUUGUUAACAUGGAUAAGAAAGUUGGCGCCAUGGAGCUGGAAAAGAUCCCCGGAGAUUCAUUGAAGGAAAUGGAGCAGCUAUGUCGGACAGGGGUGAAGCAUUCCGAAGCUAACAUGGCAUCGCUCAAAAAUACAAUCGAGCAGCUUAAAGUGUUGCGUGCCGUGGUGCACGCCAAGGAACAACAGGACGCGCAAACAGCAGGGCCUGGCAAGAGGGCAGCCCGAGAUACUACAGCAGCAGCCUCCUCACUCUACGACUUUGAUGGAGUAGGUGACUCACCCGUACCAAGCCCUAUUGGAGGGAAUUCGCGGAAAUACGGCGAUCGAGCCAGAGACCGUGAGCGGGAGAGAGAAAGAGAACGAGACCGCGACAGCAUGCCGCCCAAGGCCGAUAGUGUCGAGCCUCAGGGAUCAGUGGGUAGCGGUGUCGGAUCAGGGAACAACAAGUCCAAAGUUGUCUUUCAGAAAGGCGACGCAGUCGCAUUCAAACCAAAGGCACUGAGUGGUGAUUCACAAUCAGAUUGGAUCCUGGGUGAAGUUGCACAGGUGAUGGGUGAAGGCAAAAGUCGACGCUACAAGGUCCUCGAUAUAGAGCCUGAAGACCAAAGCAAACAGAAGGAGUAUCGAUCAAGUGCCAGCAGCAUGAUUCCCAUCACACCUGAAAGCCAGGCUGCCACACUCAAAGAUUGGGAGUCGGGCAAAGUGGUGCUGGCGCUAUACCCCAACACGACGACAUUCUAUAAAGCGGAGGUUCACAGCAUGGACAAUGAUGGCAAGGUCAAUCUCAAGUUCGAAGGGGAAAACGACUCAUCAACACUGCAGCAGGUUGAGAGGCGAUUUGUGAUUGAGUACAGAGCAUAG